UUCGAAAACAAAAGGUUCCUAACUUGGAAAUCUUCAACCUUGGUGUAACUAGCGUCUACGUAGAUGUUGCUAUACCAAAAAAUAUGGCUGAAAAAUUGCUGGCUUUUUACAACAAUGCAUUAAUGCAAAAAUCUGUUGGUAUAAAUGGUGAUACGUUCUUUUCAGCUAUGCGUUUGAUACCAAUCGAUCAAUCCGGUGAACCUUACUACAGGUUCUUCAUUGGAUUUCAGUAUCCGACAAUCCUUGACAGCAAAGGCCCAAAUAGUAAUUUAGUUGAUGAUGAUGAUCCUGAAUCCGUUAUGAAACAUACAAUUUCAAGAAUCAAACAAUUACGUCCACCUUGCGAAUUGACGGAUCUAAUGGUCGACAUAUUUUCGUUGGUUCCAACCUCUGAUCCAGGAGAGAAGUAUCCGUUUCGAGUGUAUAAUGCUCCACGACGUCGUCCGCUUCGCGAUAUUGAUCCAUCAUCUGUCCCUCCCUGGAAAAAUGAUAGAAUCAUUUUGUUAGGCGAUGCAGCCCAUGCUAUGAAUCCAAUAUUAGGAUUAGGUGCAAAUAAUGCAAUACAAGAUGCCGAUCUUUUAACCAAGGAAUUACUUAAUUAUGCGUAUAAAAAUGAUGAUUUAUUCGCAUGCAUUCGACGAUACAACGAGCAAAUGAGAGCUCGAUCAUCUAAAGACGUUCAGUCAUCACGUAACACUGCACUAAGACAAAAUGUUCCAAUUGGAACAUUUG